AUGUUAAUUCCAACUCAAAUCUCGGUUCUUCCACAAUUCCACCAUCUUCUUCUUGAUUCUUCCCAUCAACAAUUCCUCCAGUUUCCGAACUUCCAUCCGAAUGUACCCUACUUCUUGUCAUCGAAGGUGAUCUACUCCGAUGUUCUGGAUCCCAACUUAGACUUGGUCCCAAUGGUACUUGGAGAGGCACCAGAUGGAUCAGCUGAUAUUACAAAUACUGGAUUUGAUUGUGCUUCGGCAAUUGAUUUCUUCUUCUUGCGGUGCUUCUUGAGACCGGAUGUACUACUCGACGGCAGGAACGUAUCCUCCGUCGAGCUGUUCUUCCGCAACGCCGUCAUCAUCGUGUUGCCUCUUCUGACGACACCGAACAGAGGAUAA